CAUGUCGUAUGAUUGUAAACAAAUGCUGAACACGUGGUGUAGUUGUCCUAAGAUGUUUAUUAAUAGUUAUUAAUGUUUAAUGUUUUAGUUUGAAUUAUUUUGUAUUACACAAUGAAAGUAUUUAAGGAAAUUAAUUGCUUAUAUCGAUCUUAUCACACUAUACCAAAUAUAAAUCAGUUUUGGAGUUUCAAUCUUAGUUGCAAUGAUGCAAUGUGUAAAAGUCAAAAGCUUUUGUUGAAACAUGGACUCAUUCAAGUAUCAAGUACUGGUAUCUAUCAUUUUUUGCCUCCAAUGGUGAAAGCACUUGAGAAAUUAAUAAACAUUGUUGAUGAAGAAAUGAAAAAUAUCGGUGGAGAAAAAAUGAUUAUGCCAUCUCUGACUCCGGGACGUUUAUGGAAAUUUUCAGGUCGUUGGGAUAAAAUAGGAGAAGAGUUAUAUAAAUUAAAAGAUAGAAAUGAUACAGAAAUGUGUUUAGGACCUACUCAUGAAGAAGCCAUAACUGAAUUAAUGUCUCGUCAUCAAGCAUUUUUAUCUCAUAAAUUAUUUCCAAUGAAAUUAUAUCAAAUAACAACAAAAUUCCGUGAUGAAAUGAGACCAAGAUUUGGUCUUCUGAGAACAAAAGAAUUCAUUAUGAAAGAUAUGUAUACAUUUGAUACCUCCGAGGAAGAAGCAGUUGAAACAUAUAAUCAUGUCUGUAAAGCAUAUGAAAAUAUAUUUAAAAAGUUAGGUAUAUUACCAGUUAAAGUUAAAGGUACAUUUGGAAAUAUAGGAGGUAGAUAUACAGAUGAAUUUCAUUUUCUUAGUGAUAUUGGUGAAGAUGACUUAACUUUCUGUAAAAAAAUACUUCAAAUGGGAUGCUUUGGAUUAGGUGUGUCAAGAGUAUUAGGUGCAUGUUUAGAACUUCUAUCGACAGAAAAUGAAUUAAAAUGGCCUUUACAAAUAGCUCCUGCAUUAGUCUGUGUGAUUACACCAAAGGCUGGUGGCAAAGAAGAAUCUGCAAUGCAGUUUGCUCAUGACAUCUCAUUCUCAUUGAACCAACUGGAACAUUUGAAAGAUAAUGUAAUUCUAGAUCAAAGAACAAAGUUAACAAUUGGCUAUCGUUUUAAUAAUGCCAAAGAAAUUGGUCUUCCAUAUAUUGUCAUUAUUGGCAAAAAGGUACAAAGAUUAAUUUAAUGUAGUAUUUCUUUUGUUUGAUAAUUAACUUGAUUUAUAAAGUUGAAAUUUAAAAAUAACUUCAAAAUCUUUGGUUUAAAGCAUAGGUUACAGUCCUGUAUGAAUUUUUAAAAUUCAAAAUGACUCAGACUUGAUGAAUAUUAUAAUUUAUAAAGAAAUAGUUGAAAAUAUGUAGAUUUUUAUUUUACUCUUUUCAUUCUGUGAGCACUAAAAGGCCUUUUUCAAGCUCAUUGUGGGUUGGCCUAAAAGUCAGGUCCACAGUAGGGUGGCCAGAUAGUGAGGAAUGGAGUAUGAUCUGUCCAGGAUACACAACUCAAAAAAAAUUACUGGGGUGUUUUGACUGUCUAGAUCAGUGUUUCUCAACGGGGGCGAUAUCACCCCCAUGUGGUCGUUUUUCCAUGUUGAGGGGGCGAUUAGUAACAAUUUAUA